CUCUCUCUCUCUUCCCGUUUUCAUUUUUAACUCCGUUUUUGGUUUUUAUGCUUAGGAGAAAAAGAGUGAGCCCCCUGCUUCUUCCACGCACCUAUUUCUCUCUGCUCUGUUCUACACGCUAACAAUGGAGUUGGAAGCUGAACUGGUAACUGCUAACGAAAGUUCUGCUGAAAAAACAGUAGGACCAUGUGUGGGCGCUUCAAUUUUGGAACCAUAUAUUGGUAUGGAAUUUGAUUCUGAAGCUGAUGCCAAGAACUUUUAUGAUGAAUAUGCAAGACAGGAAGGGUUUAUUGUGCGCAUUGAUAAAUGUCAUCGUUCUGAAAUUGACAACAGAAUUAUUUCUCGUCGUCUUACUUGCAAUAAGGAAGGUUUUCAUGUGAGAGGGAAAAAUGAUAAAGUCAACCCUUAUCGGAAACCACGGGUUAGCAUAAGAGAAGGCUGCGAGGCAAUGAUGAUGGUCAAAGUUAAUAAAUGUGGGAAGUGGGUUGUUACUAAAUUUGUAAAAGAACAUAGUCAUCCACUGAUGGGUUCUGGUGUUCGUUCUUAUCGUACAACAGAAUCGAAGGAUAAGAGAAUUCGACAACUCACAAAGGAACUCGAGCGUCGAGAUCAGCAAUGUCAGCAAUAUCGCAAGCUGAUACUUUCCCUUCUGGAAACUGUUGAGGAGCAAAAUAAAUUCUUAUCAACGAAAGUUGAACAUGUUGUUCAGUGUGUGAAACAACUUGAGAAUGAUGUGCAAAAACCUUUGGACACUAGCUAGCACUCAUCAUGGUUUCAUUAGAUUUUGAUUUCUUGGUUGACUUAGUUCAAGUGUAAAGAAUUCAAUAACCAAUAUAGAGGAAGUUGGGGGGGUGCUUUGCCAAAGAAUUUGUGCUUCACCCAAAUUCAUGAGUAGUUAAAAGGUAUUGGUAAAUCAGCUUUAUUGAUAGCAAUUUCCUUCUUGGUGAUUUUGUUUUUAAUAUAAAUUAGAACAAAAAUUGUAAAUAACUCCUUUGAACUUUGACAUGAGUAAUUUUGAUCCUAUUCUGUCA